AUGUUGGCCAAAGUGUCGUGCGUUUUCGUGUUGCUUCUCGCUGUGCAGGACACCUGCGCCGCUACGUCUCCCGGUAAAAAGGAUAGCACUGAUCUCUCGAAAUACAAUUCCUUCUACUACAACCCGGAAACUGGAGUCGGCCUGAUGCCGUCGCUGGAGGAUAACAGCAGAGAUCCUUUGUCGACCAAGAUCUCGUUCCGAGGACUGCCCUGCGAGUGCGACGGAUUCGAGUGCUCCUGCUGUGCCGGCGUCAACAUGACGUUAAUCGACUUCAAUCGUCGCGCGUGCAUAAAAUUCACCUUCGUCCCCGUCGAUUCUGCUAUCCGUAUGACGCUGAACAUGAACGAGAGAGAGAUCUAUGCGUCUACGGUAUCCAUCAAAAACCCUCCGCCAUUGUGCGUUCCGAUGCCCUACCUGCCCUUCGUCGGCUUCUGCAUUCGUUUCUUCGAGAUGUUCAUGGACGGUAGAAAUCUCCACGCAUGCAUCGACUUAGAAACUCGCAUCGUUGGAACGCCGAUCCUGAUCUUGCACUUCAAUUGCGUGAAAGUGGGCGUCGACGGUGUCUCUUGGGCGCAAAUCGGGAACGAAACCAAUUCAACGACUGUGGAGAUGCACGCGAUUAUAGAGGAACCGGAAGUCUACGACGACGUCGACUUCGAGCAGCAGGAUCUCGAGGCCUACGCGAACUACACGUCGACGCUCAGCCCUGAAGACGAAGCGGAGAUCGGCCAGCUGAAAUUGUGA